AUGGUUUACUUUUACGACCAUCCAGCUCAUUCGGUCUUUGCCCGAAAGACAAACGACGACAAGAGUCAAGUAAAGCCUUUUCAGGACUCUAACGACAAUAGAACUCUACUGGACGGAAAAUACGAGGCUGUUUCUCCACUGAACUAUACCGGUCCCAAUAUUAGUACUUUGUCAAAGACUCAGACGGGUAAAGAUCAUGCAGGAUUCUCGUUGUUUAGGCCUAAAUCUCGUUUUACCCCUCCUCACACUUCGCACAAACGCACGGAGAACCUUCCCCAAUUAUCACUCCAACUUCCGAGUCUGAAAGACGAUGCAGAAUCUCUCGAACUUGGCGUUUUCGAAGUUGAUCUAGAGCCUCAAAGGAUUCUUGAUGACUCGGUCAUCGGUGCAAAGCUCCUAAGUCCUUUAGAAGCUCUCAUACUUGUUCGAGCCUGUGCCCAGAGUAUCACUGAGCGAGGCUUGGAAACCCUCGGAAUCAUGCACCCUCAUUGGCACUCCGCAUCGCCCGAUAUUCAACGAAAGCUCAUCUCGCUCUUUAUUCAUUCAUUGGCUCCCAAAAGCCGCAUGUCUCCGACGCCUGCUGCUGCUGCAUCUGCCUUUGAUGCCGAGCUUGAGUACACCCGCUCUCCUCACGACGUUGCAGCUGUCCUCCGUUGGGGCCUUCGCCACCUUGUGCUUGAGAAUAACUCUUUCGGCAAGGAUGUCUCUGCACCUGAAUGGGCGUGGUACAAGUCCUUUUUCGAUGCUGAAAAAGGGGCGUCGUACCCACCCAAGAGUUUCACCGAGUUGCUUCUCCCUAAGCUUCCUCCAGUGCACAUCGAGUUGCUCCUUGCAACUAUUGACAUCAUAUCCGCAUUAGCUUCGCAUGCUGAAGCGAACAGCAUCUCUGGUAGCAAACUUUCCAAGGUUUUGGGUUUAUGGUUGCUUACCGCGACGAGGACUGAGCAAACCGACAACUGGACCACCUUUUAUGCUCGAUGGGAACGCGCUGGUAGGAUUUUGGAGCAUCUAUUCCUUGCACGAAUCAGGGAGGAGAGCUUCAAAUCUCGACUACCUACCCGACUUCAGGAACUUGUCAAGCACUAUCCAUAUUCGAGGGGCUCACACGGCGUUGAAGAGGAUCUUCUUCCCCAUCCUCGCUUCUCUACGCGGAGCUCCAGUGUCUUAUUCGUGCGCAUAGAGGUCCUUCUGUCACAGUCUGCACCACAGCCUAAGCCAUCGCCCGUUCGCUUGCUCUUAGAUGCAUUCAACUUAUCUUCUGAAGGUGAAACCUCUGAGCACGUUGAGUUGUGGAACGCACUCAAGACUGCCGCCGCGGAAGUUACCUCUACAUCCUCUGGUACUCAAGAUGGCCCACAGUUCGGUCGGGUAUUUGUGGAUGAGACGAUCCACCUCCUCGCGUCCACAUCUCGUAACGCCUCUUCUCCAACCAUGUCCCCGACAAUUGAAGUUGCAUCGCCCGUGCCCAGACGCUCUUCGCCCUUUGGCAAGAUUCUCGAUCGUAGUAAGGACAAAGCUGCCCACGAAAACGGUAACGGUAACGGGAACAGCGCAACGUCCCCCAUCUCGUCUGUUUCCUCGCCAAUCAUAAGCGAUUGGGCACAGUUCUCCACUAGCGGCUUCGGUGAAACGACUGCAGUCACACCCCUCGCUGCAACUCUCCUCGAUACAGACAAGGAUGUUGAGAUUACGGAACCGCUCUUGUCCUUUAAGUCGGGAAAGAAAUGGGGAAGGUCACGCUCGAGACAGCGCUCUGCUGACUCCCCAUGCGAGACGAGCGCCAAAGAGCCCGCGGUACUCAGCACCAAGCUUGCUAGUGUCCACAUGACGCAAGUCGACGAGGCCUUCAUUGAUUUCUGGUCCGACGCCAUCACAGACCCAAUCACAGCGAACUGGCCCUCAUUUGUCAUCUGUGGGCUGAAGCCGCUGCCUGCGAAAGAAGCUGUCAGUUGGCUCAUCGUCGAGCAGGUAUAUGUACGCCAGCAGCCCCCGCAGCCCUCCCCUGCAUCACCCGAGCGCCGUGGUCGCACGUCGCCCCGCCCUUCGCUCCGCUCAGAAAUUUCUGGCACGUUUGCUGCUACGAGAAAGCGAUUCAGCUUUUUAGGUGGGGGCAAUAAGACGGCUUUGACGGGCAAGCAGGGUAUAAUGAGACAGUCGUCAAAGGUUGGCGAGCUUGGUGAGAUGGUGUCUCCUGAGGAGGAGAGAUCUACGACGCCGACGGCUGUGACGAGUAUGAGCAAGGGACUCGAUAUCGCUGCCACUGCCACAGUUUGUGCAGUCGCCGCAGAGGCUGUUCAAUCGCCUGCACCCGCAGAAUCUAUCUUGCAGCCUCAGCAGGAUGAACAAGCAGUGGUCGAAGAAGCUAACAAUGUUCUCGACGAGGAAACCCCUGGGACUGGCGAGUCCGUCGCGCCCGCAACCAUCCCUGAUGAAUCUGUUCCAGAGUCUGAGGGUACACUUGUCGAGGAAUCUGUGUUGCAGCCCGAGCCUACAGACAGCGAGCCUACAGAUAGCGAGACUCCCGUUGUUGGAACUCCUGAAUACGCUUCGGUUGCUGAAACCGCUGAGGCCCACGUUCCGGAAGAACCUUCUGUUGAAUCCACUGAGACAGUUGAGCCCGCACCAUCUGCCGCCGAGUCAAAGCCCGUCGAACAUACCAAUGGUGCAGCAUCUGUGGAACCGCCAUCGUCUGCCGAUGAGCAGGACAAUGUGGACGUCCCGGAGGAGCAUCUAUCAAAUUAA